AUGUCCGGUUCUCAACCUUCGAUUCACAAUGAUGACGACCAUCAUCGUGAAGGUGAAAAUCCUCGACCAGAACUCAAUCGUCAGAGAGGUGACGGUAGGGCUGGAGGACCACUAGGGUCAGCGGCGGCCGCAUCUCAUUUGAUACCCACAUAUUCAGGUGAAGGGUCGGUAAAGACCUUUAUUAGUUUUGUGGAAGAUACUGCAGAGUUAGAGGGGUGGACAGAAUUGCAAAUGGUCAAGGUGGCUCGUCUGAAAUUGCAAGGACCAGCUCGACGCAUGGUCGAGUGGAAUGAAGAACUACGAGGCAUCGAUUGCACUUGGAACCGAUUAAAAGCUGCGUUGGUUCACCGCUUCGAGAAAAAAAUCUCAGCCGUGGACGCACUGCAUCAAUUUCGCAAAUGCAAACAGCGAGUUGGCGAAACUGUUACCGAAUUCGCUGAACGUCUGCAGAUGUUGGGAGCAGCGACAAUUAAACGCACCGGAGAUCAAGCGAGAGAUCGAUGGGCCAGGACCAAUCUGCAAGCCGAAUGUUUACAGCAAUUCUUGGAGGGAUUGGCAAUGCCAGUACAACAACGAGUAAUGUCAUCUAACCCCGACGCUUUCGAAGAGGCGGUCGAAAAAGCCCUACUCGAGGAGCAAAUUGAGGACCGGCUGAAGAAGAAAACAAUGCAACGAGGGAUAGAUGCUGAAGAAAAAACGGAAUCCGGUCACGGUCAACAGCAGGUUCAGAGGCGCUCUUAUCAAUCCCAACAAUAUCGUCAAAUUACAUGCUUCGGUUGCGGAGCCAGGGGACACCUUAAAUCGCAAUGUCGCGUAUGUUUUACCUGCGGGAAACCGGGUCAUUACAGUCGGGAUUGUUUUUCGCGUAAUCGCCAACAAAAUACGGCAAGAGGGCAAGGUCGCAACGAAAAUAGGAACGCGCCUUUAAACGGGAACAGGGCCGUGCCCCAAUCGCACGGUGCGGCCCGCACCAGGAAUUAA